GGUUAAAAUGGGAAAGAAGAGAGGUAAAGACAAGACCCUCAGAGAGGAGGAUGACAUUGAUCUGACAGUGAUAUCCUGCAGACAUAUUAAGCGGGGAACAGAGCAAACUCUUCUAAAGAAACUUUCUGGCAUUUCUGAUUGGAUGAGCUGUCAGGACUGUAAACACGAUGAAAAUAAAGAAAAUAUCAGCUCAACUCUACCACAGGACACCGAAGAGGAGGAAACCGUGGGAAUAUGGAUGUGCUUGAAAUGUGGCCAUCGAGGAUGUGGAAGGAAUUCUGAGGACAAGCAUGCCAUCAAACAUUAUGAAACCCCUCGGUCAGACCCACAUUGUCUAGUGGUCAGUUUGGACAACUGGAGUGUGUGGUGUUACAUUUGCGAUGAUGAAGUCCAGUACUCCAGAACGGGGCAUUUAGCACAGCUGUUGACCAACCUGAAAAAGCAAACCUCGGCAUGUUCCAUCAAGACAGGAGAGAAAAGUGUGAAGGAGGAAGUGGAGGAGUUAGAAAGUCAACAAAAGAUUGAGACGGUAAACACGGAGCAAAGUGAGAACAAGGAGCUCAAAGAAAGGACUCAAAAGAAGAACACGAAGAAAGAGAGUGCUGGAAAAGCGCCGAACUUUGAUGCACCUGAAGAAAAAGGUGGUGUUCCCGUAAAAGGCUUAAGCAACCUGGGAAACACGUGUUUUUUUAACGCAGUCAUUCAGAGUCUUUCUCAGACACAUCUCUUAAGACAGACUCUUAAUAAAGUGACAGAGGAGAAACGGACUCUUGAUAUUAAACCCGCUGCCUCACUGGAUCUGGAGCCCCUCGUGGUGCAGCUGAACCAGGCUGGACCUCUGACUCUGGCCAUGUGUCAGCUCCUCAAUGAGAUCCAGGAAUCCAAGAAAGGUGUGGUGACACCGAGGGAGCUGUUCUCCCAAGUUUGUAAAAAGGCUUCCAGGUUCAAAGGCUUUCAGCAGCAGGACAGCCAGGAGCUGCUGCGCUAUCUGCUGGACGGGAUGCGAGCCGAGGAGCUAAAAAGAAUAAACACAGGGCUAAUGGAAGCAUUGAAACAAUCGAGUAAAAACGUAGAUGAAGAAGCCCUGAAAAAAAUGGCUAAAGAGUACGAGAAAAAUGGUUGUCCCGGCAACAUUGUUGACCAAGUUUUUGGAGGGGAAAUGACCAGCACUAUAAUGUGUCAGCAGUGCAAAACGGUGUCUGUGGUGACGGAGAUGUUUUUGGAUCUUUCUCUCCCGGUUUCAGAUGAGGCAUACAGAAAGAAAAACCAGAAGAAAGGAGUCCCGAAGACCAGCGAGUCAGUGCAGGAUGGUAGAAACAGUCCUGCUUCCACAAGUGGGAAUGAUGAAACGUCCUCCGGAGUGGGCAGCAAAUAUCAGCAAAAGAAGGCAAAGAAGCAAGCAAAGAAGCAGGCAAAGCAGCAAAAACGGCAGCAGAAGCUGGGCAGCAGAGUGACUCUGGACAGCCUGUCGUCCUCCGGCCAGGCAGAUAGUGACCAUACGGACGCCGAUACAGAGGAAAUGGCGGAAAACACUGACAAGCAAGCCAACAAAGAAGCGUGUGAGCAGAGUCCUCCACCAGCCGAUGUGUCUGAACCAGAUCAGAGCGCCGAGCAGGAAGAAAAGGAGGACUCAUCAGGUUCAUCGCCGGUCAACAACCGAUUCACCGUCCUAUCAGAGCAGCAGGACAGUCUAUGCGACGAAAUGUCCAGCCUGGAUCAGGAAGGAGAAGAGGACACACAGCUGGUCAGUAAAAUGGAAAGAGUCACCUUGGAUGACGCUUUCAUCCAAUACUCGGAGGACAUGGGGAGCGAAGAUGAGCCGCCCGAGGCAAAAGAAUACACGGUCACAAACCAAGACCCAGAACAGGCCUUCCACACGCUGGCCACCAGAGCCUCCCCAGAGAAGCAGGAAUGCUCAAUUCAGUCGUGCCUGUUUCAGUUCACAGAGGUGGAGACCCUCACGCAGAACAACAGCCUGCUCUGUGUCAGCUGCACCAAGCGCCAGCCCAGGGAAGACAAAGCCGCAGGAUCCAAGAAGAAUAUCUACACUGAUGCUUUGAAGCAGAUGCUGAUCUCCUCUCCGCCAGCUGUCCUAACUCUCCAUUUGAAAAGAUUUCAACAGAACGGAUACAGUAUUUGUAAAGUGAAUAGACAUGUCCAGUUUCCGUUGAUUCUGGACCUAGCUCCAUUUUGUUCAGCCAAAUGUAAGAACGUCUCAGAUGGAGAUACCCAGAUUUUGUACAGCUUGUACGGUAUUGUAGAGCACAGUGGAACAAUGAGGUCGGGUCAUUACACAGCCUAUGUAAAAGUCCGUCCUGAGUCUCCUAAAGCCCCGUCAAACAAACUGUCAACACAAGAUGACGUAGAGCCUCACGGGAGAUGGUUUCAUAUCAGUGAUACAAGUGUUCAGCCUGCGAGUGAGAGUAAAGUCCAGAGCUGCCAAGCCUACCUCCUCUUCUAUGAAAGAAUCCUCUAGUUGAAGCGUGCCUCAAUGCUCAGGAAACCCAAAUCAACCAACCAACCUGCUGCUUCAUCUCCACUGCAAGGAGGAUCUCAACCAGGGAUUUGAUGAAAUUGUAUUCAUUUUUACAUUUUGCAGUGUGGACAUUGUUGCCUCAGUGGUGGCGCACAGUGUUUCAAGUGUUUAGCAAAAGUAUAAAUUGACAGAUUAAUGGGAAAUAGCAAUGAGUGCAAUUGUAUUUUUGUUGGUGGUCAUUGAACCAAAGGAGCAGAGGUUUAUUUUAAUUUGGGAACAAAAUCUGUAAAGCUUAUCAUUUUUUUUCUAUUUUACAAUUAAAACAAAUCAUGUAAUUACAUACCUCAGAAUCAGGUCCGUCACGUCGUUUUUUUUCCACACUCACACUGGGCAUGCGCAGUGAGUGCUUCUACUUUUUCCUGGUUUCGAUGUCACAUGACAAGAGGAAAGUCGUGCCUCGGACGAUCAGAAUCCCGACCCAAAAUUUACUAAUGUCAGUCAUUUUGGGGUAACAUGGCAGGCUGAGCUGAUAAACGACCAUGAUGCUCCAAGCCCCUCGCAUGUCGGUGUUCACCUUCCAGUCGGCGGUGCACAGCACCCAUGUGCUGCAGUGUCUGAAUGAGCAGCGGCAGCAGGACGUCCUGUGCGACGUGACGCUGGUGGUGGAGGACCGGAGCUUCCGGGCCCACUGCUCGGUGCUGGCCUCGUGCAGUGAAUACUUCCACAGCCGAGUCACCAAUGUCACCAGACAAAACCCCAUCAUCAGCCUGCCUGUGGAGGUAACCGUGGAAGGGUUUGAGCCUUUGCUUCAGUUUGCCUACACUUCAAAGCUGCUCUUCACCAAAGAAAACAUCCACGCUAUUCAAACCAGUGCUAAAUGUUUGGGAUUUCACAAUGUGGAGUCAGCCUGCUUUGAUUUCCUCAUCCCAAAGUUUUCCGAUGGUCGAAGAAGCUCUGGUGAGGUCAGGAAAAGAGGCUGUUGUCAGAAUUGGGAGCACGGUGCCGGCUUUGGCUCCAGUACCGGCAGUAGCCACGCAGAAUCAUUUGAGUCCCGCAGCCCGCUGCCUUCAGACGGCGAUGAGCAAACAGACAUUCCAUCGCACCGCUCGCAGAGCACACAGGGUCAGGCAAACAGUGUGGAGGAGCACUUCUGUUUGGACAACUGCGGGCCACAAAUGGCUUCCUUAUCUCUGGAGUUUGCGGCGAGUGGCGUGUGCCCCGUGCUGUCCCUGCCGUGCGCAGGCCCCGACAAAGCCGACCACCCCUCCCGGUUUUGCGACACAGACAUUUUACAGAUCGGUGACGUGUCCAGUCAAAGUGAGCUGAGCGCGGCAGGAUGCGGCUUACAUUGCGGGCUGUCCACCGCAGGAAAUGGGAAUCCCGCAGAAAUAAUUAACAUAACAGCAGGCAGAGGUAAUGAACAGCCCGUUGGGGCUGAAAGCAACAGUGACCCAGGCUCCUGUCCGGUCAAGAUAUCUGGGAUGGAGGAUUGCGCAGCUGUUUUAGAGCAGAGUAAGAAUGGCCUGGAUGAAGGGAUGGGAGGGGAUCUCUCUAGCCCAAACUUAACUGACCUGAGCCAAGAAGAGGGGUUUGAGGACCGGAGUCGUGUGGAGAGGGAGGUAGCCGAACACCUGGCCAAGGGGUUUUGGUCCGACUUGUGUCAGUCCCAGGCUCCACCUCAGUCCCUGGAUCCAGUGAACCAGAACAGUAUGGCAAAGGCGUCAGACUUCCACUGGCUAAAGCAGCUGGAUCUGACCUCCAGCGUCGGAGACUGUCCCUUCCUGCGGGACCUCGGGAAGACCGAGGAUCCCGGCACACAGACGGACGGCCUGUCCCAAGCCGAGAGGAGUCCCUACAUGUCCUCCUCACUUAAUUCUGGGGAGGACUCAGAGAUGGACACGGAUGGAGACACCGAGGCCAACAGAAGAAGAGCAGCAGAGAUGCAGCUCCCAUUCCCAGUGGAGCAGAUCUCAGAGGUGAGCAGGAGUGCGUUCCAGCAGCUUCUGAAGAACCACCGGCUGACUCCGGACCAGCUGGAGUUUGUCCACGACGUCCGGCGGCGGAGUAAAAACCGAGUGGCGGCUCAGCGCUGCCGAAAAAGGAAACUAGACAGCAUACACCAGCUGGAGUGUGAAAUCAAGAAAUUGAAAAAUGAAAAAGAGAAGCUUCUGCAGGAGCGAACGCACCUGGAACACAACCUGGGCGAGAUGCAGCAGAGCCUGCGCGGGCUCUGCAAGAGCGUCAGCAUCGAUUCUGACCCCGACCAAGACCACUUGCAACUUCUGGCCAAGCUGUCUUCGCCAGACUUCCCCGUCCCCUCCCCCGGCUUUGAGGAAGUGAAGGAGGAGCCGCACAUCAGGAUCGAGAUGGUAAGUUCCUCCUCGGAGUGCCAUCAGAGCGGGCCUCCCUCAGACUCGGCCCAGGCAGAGGAGCCGGGGUGCCCUGUCCCCCCCUCCCUGCUCACAGCCUGCCUGGACAUAACCAACAACCUAUGA